ACAAGGACGCACAUAGUUGCCGAAGUCCCUGAUCCACGCGCUAAUGAACAGUUGUGACAUAAGAAUAUUUACAUAAGAUUUUAUAAAUCAUUAAGGAUUUCUCAUUACAUCACAUUAUUUUUCAUCGACUUUCAAUAAACGUCAAGGACAAGAGCCCACUAAAUAUGACGGAGGAAGAAAACUCCAUUGAGAAGCUAGAAAAGGAGUCCCAGGAGGUUCUUAAUGAACUUGCUAGAGACAAGCAUCUAGAAAAAUUUCGCAUUGAAUAUGAAAAACUGACCAAGGCCUUAAAAAAGUCCCAUGAAAAUGAGAAGAGACUCAUGACAAAAUGCAAGGAGUUAAAUGCAGAAAUAGCAUCCAACUCUGUCAAAAUCAACGCAGCACUAAAGUUAUCCCAAGAAGAUCAAAGCACCAUAAAUUCCCUGAAACAGGAACUAGAGAAAGCGUGGGAAAUGCUGGAUGCCACUCACAAGAAGGAACUAAUUGCAGACGAAACCAUUCAGAAUUUAAAGAAUGAUGUCACCAACUUGACAAAAAUUGUGCAAAAAGGAGAAGGUUCCUCCACAGGUCAGGAGCACAGUAUGAAUGAUUUGCUGAAAAUCAAAGAUGAUCUCACCAAGGAGAGGGAUGAACUCCUUGCGGAAGUGGUGAAUUUACGGGAGAAUCUCACCAAGGCCACCAUCAAUCAAGAAGAGAUGGAAAUCUCGAAAGAGAAGGCCUUGGAAACCAUAUCACAGCUUCAGCAGGACAUCCAAGUGUGCCAGAACGAGUGUUCCCGCGAGAGCCGCAGGAAAGAGAAGUUAGAGAAGGAAGUUGCACAGCUGCACGCUGACCUGGAUGCCAGGCAGGCGGACAUCAGAGCGCUGAAUCUGCAGAUCCAUCGCAGCAAAGACGAGCAGCAGAGGCUUGAGCAACAGCUGCGAGAGCAGAAGAUUCUCAAUGAGAGAGCUGCAAAGGAACUUGAGCAACUGCACAUAAGAAAUGGAAAGCUCCAGCAAGAGAACGAGCAGAAUGCUCUGAGUAUGGAACAGCUGUCCCUGGAGAACCAGCAAAGGGCAUCAGAUCUGAAGAUGAAAGAGGGGGAGGUAAAUGAGAUGCGUCAGGAGAUAUCCAAACUAAUGAAGAUGAGGGAAGCCCUCCAGAGGAGAGUGCGACAGGCGGAAGAGCAGAAACUGGACAUAGAGCAACAGCGAGAGACGCUUAAAAACCAGAUGACUGGGUUGGAAAAAGAAAUGGAAUCUGCUAAAAAACAGCUGGAAAUUGACAAGAAAGCCAUGGAUGAGUUGGUGAGAGAAAGAGAUAUCCUGAACAAGAAUAUGAUCAAGGCUGCUAAUGCUACUGAGAAGCAGCUAAGUCUGGUGAAGGUCCACGAGCAGUCAAAGAAGAAUCUCAACCAGGAGAUUGUGAACUACAGGGAGGAAGCUCAGAAACAACGGAAGAUCAUCUACCAGCUGGAGAAAGACCGAGACCGCUACAUUAAUGAAGCUAGUGAUCUCACGCAAAAGGUUCUACAAAACAUGGAAGACAUUAAAGUAAGAGAAAUGCAGAUCUUUGACUACAAGAAAAAGAUAGCUGAAGCUGAAACAAAGCUAAAACAGCAACAGAACCUCUAUGAAGCAGUGCGGUCCGACAAGAACCUCUACAGCAAGACCCUCCUGGAAGCCCAGGAUGAGAUCAUUGAAAUGAAGCAGAAACUGAAGACCAUGAAUCAUCAGAUGGAUCAGUUGAAAGAGGAGAUCGCUGGAAAGGAAUCCGCUCUUAUACGAGAACACACUGAAUUCCAGCGAGUGGAAAAAGAAAACGAAGCACUCAAGGCAGAAGUUACAAAGAUGAAACAGCUGGCCCAGGAGUCAAAGCAGUUCAUUGACAACCAGGAGGCAGAGGAGAGAAAGCUGCUGAAGAUCAUAGCCGAUGCUGACGCUAAAAGGGUCCGACAGAAGAAGGAAUUGGAUCAGGUAAUCAGCGAGCGUGAUGUUCUGGGAACACAGUUGGUGCGUCGCAAUGACGAACUGGCGCUUUUGUAUGAGAAGAUUAAGAUUCAACAGUCCAUGCUGAACAAGGGGGAGAACCAGUACAAUCAAAGGAUUGAAGACAUCAGACUAUUAAAGAUGGAGAUUAAGAAACUGAGACGAGAGAAAGGCAUCUUAGCCAAAACUGUGGCCAAUGUCGAUGAUCUCAGACGAGAAGUGUACCACAUGCAGAGGGAACUCCUCAAAGAGCGAACGAGAUGCAGAGCUUUGGAGGAGGAACUUGAAAAUCCUAUGAAUAUACAUCGCUGGAGAAAGUUGGAGGCCAGUGACCCGAACACCUAUGAGCUGAUCCAGAAGAUUCACUCCUUACAGAAGCGUCUGAUAACAAAGAGUGAAGAAGUGGUUGAAAAAGAGCUUUUAUUACAGGAGAAGGAGACGCUGUAUGUGGAGCUGAAACACAUCCUGGCCAGGCGGCCUGGUCCAGAGGCUGCAGAGCAACUUCAGAUCUACCAGCAGACACUAAGGGAGAAGACCAAGCAGCUCAAGGCUUUGUCAUCGGAGUUAAGCAUGUACGAAUCACAAACACAAGAGUACAAGUGUGAGAUGGAGAGACUGGCUCACGAGCUGCAGAAUGUGAAGAAGAAGUACCUCAUUCAGAAACGCAAGGAACAGCAAUCCAGGGAGAAUGUGCGGUCUCUCGCUCAUGUGGGACAGUCUGCAAUUCAGCCUCAGCGGAUGGAGGGCCCACGCUUCACAGGGGGAGGCUUCAACCUCAGGCAGCCUGAAAAAAUUACGGCAUAGAUCCGAUACCUUGUGCCCCAUGCUGUUCCCUCAAAUUAAACCCAUCUCUUUCAUAUCUGCAAGGACAAAUUGGUGUGACUAAUUUUUUUUGGUUAGAAUGAAACACCAAUGGAAUUUUAAACUUCCCAAAUGAUUCUGAACUCUGUACUUUCAAACCUGAUUACUGAUUAAAUAUAUAUUUUACUUUUGUUUUAUUUUAUUUUUUAACUAUAUUGUAAGUUUCAGGGCUCAGUCCACAAAAAGAGUAAGGGUUUCUCAUUUGAGAGCGUCUGCAUUCUUUUUAUGGAAUUUACUUUUACAAGUACAUAUAUAGUCCUAACUCUUUGGUUUAGAAGUGAAUGGUCAAUGUCAGUCGACACAAAUAAAGAACCAGGUUAUUUGCCCCACUUAAACCUAGGUUACCUGAUUAAAAAAUGCUUCUGAUGCAAUUUUUAUGUUAGAAUGUGAGAAGGAAAGAGAUUUUUAUUGUACGAUUCCUAAUUUCAGUUCUCUAAUACAGUAUGUGCCAUGCUGAUAUCUUGGACAUUUCCACACAGCACAGUUCACAGAUCUCCCUUCUUUUAUUCCACUUUUUAUUUAUUUAUACAACCACUUUGAAUUUUCAGAUGCAUGUCACUGCUCAACCUAUUUUAUACCUUUGAACUACACAUAGUGUUUGUGUCAAGGUCCUAACUGUACAUGCAGGCCCCAAAACGUAAAAUAAUCCCAUAGUUACAGUAUUUUGUGUCGCCUUGGACUUAAUAAUCAAACAAUGAGCAACGAAAAAAAAUGUGAAUUUGAAUAAAAUUGUCAAAAAGUCAUUUUGUUUCAUUUAAUCAUGGUAAUAAUAAUAAUAAUAAUAACAUGCUACAGAUUUUAAAUAUCGAUACUUUUUGAACAUUAGAACAGAUUAUGAGGAUAGGAAUAGUCAAUAUAUUUUUGUCCUACUUGUAUCUAAAAAGAUAAUUCUGUGCUAUGUGUAUCCUAUGCAUUCCUAUGCUGUCUGUGUGUUCUGUCUCUUCCGAAUGUUUUCUAAUAUGAGGAAAGUAAUUAACACAUUUUAAUACACGCCAUGUA